AUGGCCACCUUCAUGCAGACAAUCAACGCCAGUCGUGGCACGCGGUCCUCGUUCAGACCCGCCCGCACUGCUAAGGGCACAAACAGUUGGCAGCUUAAGCAGUUCGCCGAGGCCACUCUGGGAAGCGGCAGCUUGAGGAAAGUUGUUCGCUUGCCCGAGGGUGAAGACAAGGACGAAUGGCUCGCCGUCAAUGUCGUCGACUUUUACAACCAGAUCAACCUGCUUUACGGCGCAAUCACCGAGUUCUGCAGCCCACACUCAUGUCCUGAGAUGAAGGCCACCGAUGAAUUCGAGUACCUCUGGCACCACCCUCCCGAGUUCCCUCGUCCCGUCCGUCUUCCCGCUCCCAGCUACAUCUCCAACCUCCUUUCGUGGACCUCGAAUCUCCUCUCCGACGCAAACGUCUUUCCCACCCACCCGGGAGUGCCUUUCCCUCCUACCUUCCAAUCCACCAUCAAGCAAAUCUUCAAGCGCCUCUAUCGCAUCUACGCCCACAUCUACUGCCAUCACUACGGCGUCAUCAGAGGCCUCGGCCUAGAGGCUCAUCUCAACACGGGCUUCAAGCACUACGUCUUGUUUGUGGAAGAGUUUGGUCUGGCCGAUGAGGGUGGCAGAAGAGAUGCUAAAGCCGAGUGGUACGGUCCACUGGGCGAGUUGGUGGAGAGCAUGUUGCGCAGCGACUAG